AUUCUUUUGUUGCAUUGUUUCAACAAAAUGCCAGAGACAAGAGGUUGCAUUCAUUUGAAAGAGCCUUGUCUUGUAGCCAGGAAAUUCUUGGCAAGACCUCAGCAUGAGGGCGUUGGAGCUGUGGUUAGAAGAAGCAUAGGAAGGUUUGAGCUUAAAUACUUUGAUCCCUUCCUUGUGUUGGAUGAAUUCUCAGUUACUGCUCCUGCUGGUUUUCCUGAUCAUCCCCAUAGAGGCUUUGAGACAGUCACAUACAUGUUGGAGGGAGCUAUAAGGCAUGAAGAUUUUGAAGGACACAAAGGGACAAUAGAAGCUGGUGACUUGCAAUGGAUGACCGCAGGGAGAGGGAUAGUUCACUCAGAAAUGCCUGUGGGUCAAGGAACCCAAAAGGGUCUCCAGCUGUGGAUCAACUUGGCUUCCAAGGAUAAAAUGAUUGAACCAAGGUAUCAAGAAGUGUUGAGUAAGGACAUAGCUGAAGGUGUGGAAGAUGGUAUGAAGGUUAGGGUUAUAGCUGGGGAAGCACUAGGGAUAAAGUCUCCAAUCUACACAAGGACCCCAACUAUGUUCUUGGACUUCUCUCUCAAACCAGGAGCCCACUUACAACAACCUAUACCAAAAUCUUGGAAUGCUUUUAUCUAUGUCUUGGAAGGAGAGGGUGUGUUUGGAAACCUGAAAUCUCAACCUACAAACUCUCAUCAUAUUCUUCUUCUUGGUCCAGGAGAUGGCCUAGAGGCAUGGAACAAAUCUUCUAAGCAACUUAGGUUCAUUUUGGUUGGAGCAGAACCCUUGGGGGAACCUCUAGUGCAAUUUGGACCCUUUGUGAUGAAUACUCAAGAAGAGAUUGACCAAACCAUUGAUGAUUUUGAGAAUUUUGCUAAUGGAUUUGAGAAAGCAAAACAAUGGAGAACUGAAAGCUCAGUUAAUCUUGAUUUUUGAUUUUAUUAGCAUUAAUCAUUAGUUGAGUUGCAAACUAAGGAGGCAAAAUAAAUUUUGCA